GCGGUGGUGCUGAAACAGUGAAGAUGGCGUGUUGCAGGAGCUGUUUGUGUUGUCAAUGCUGUUGCAGGGAUGCGGAAACCAGGACGCCAGAGGAGCUGACCAUCCUGGGAGAGACAAGGGAGGAGGAGGACGAGAUCCUGCCCAGGAAAGACUACGAGAGUUUGGACUAUGACCGCUGUAUCAAUGAGCCCUACAUGGAGGUCCUGGAGGGGAUGGACAAUAAGAAAGCCAAAAAGUAUGAAGCGGUGAAGUGGAUGCUGGUGUUUGCCAUAGGAGUCUCCAUCGGAGUGGUCGGCCUGUUUGUGGAUUUCUUUGUCCGCCUCUUCACACAGCUCAAGUUCAGCGUGGUUGGGAAAUCUGUGGAGGAGUGCAGUGAGAAGGGCUGCCUGGCCCUGUCUCUGCUGGAGCUGCUGGCCUUCAACAUGGCCUUCAUCUUCAUCGCCAGCGUCCUUGUGCUCGUCGAGCCUGUGGCAGCAGGCUCAGGGAUCCCAGAGAUCAAGAGCUACCUGAACGGAGUGAAGAUCCCAGGGAUCGUGCGUCUGCGCACGUUUGUGUGUAAGGUGGUGGGAGUGCUGUUCGCAGUGGCUGGAGGUCUGUUUGUCGGGAAGGAGGGACCAAUGAUCCACAGCGGUGCCAUCAUCGGAGCAGGUCUGCCUCAGUUCCAGAGUAUCACCUUUAAGAAGAUCCAGUUUUACUUCCCAUACUUCCGCAGUGACCGGGACAAGCGUGACUUUGUGUCGGCGGGGGCAGCAGCAGGCGUGGCGGCUGCUUUCGGGGCGCCCAUCGGGGGCACCCUCUUCAGUCUGGAGGAGGGGUCAUCCUUCUGGAACCAGGCUCUCACAUGGAAAGUGUUGUUCUGCUCCAUGUCGGCUACCUUUACUCUGAACUUCUUCCGGUCUGGGCUCAACUACAACAAGUGGGGCUCUUUCCAGCUGCCAGGCCUGCUCAACUUUGGCGAGUUUAAGUGCCAAGAUGGUGACAAGGCGUGCCACCUGUGGACGGCGGUGGACCUGGCCUUCUUUGUGCUGAUGGGAAUCGUGGGGGGGCUGCUGGGAGCUUUGUUCAACUGCAUCAACAAACGCCUCGCCAAGUAUCGCAUGAAAAACGUCCACCCCAAGGCCAAGGUCGUCAGGGUGUUGGAGAGCCUGCUGGUCACCAUGGUGACAACGGUGGUGAUCUUCGUGGCCUCGAUGACCCUGGGAGAGUGUCGGGACCUGUCUCCCCCCACAACACACAACUCGACUGUGCUGGAGGGGUACAAUAUGGACGUGAACUCCACCAUCAGGCAGUUUUUCUGCUCCAAUAAGAGCUACAAUGACAUGGCCACACUCUUCUUCAACCCACAGGAAGUGGCUAUCCACCAGCUCUUCCACCAGGACGCUACCUUCAGCCCGGUGACUCUGUCUCUCUUCUUUGUUCUGUACUUCCUGCUGGCGUGCUGGACAUACGGCGUGUCCGUCCCCAGCGGCCUCUUUGUCCCUUCGCUGCUCUGUGGGGCGUCACUCGGACGCCUAGUGGCCAACGUCCUCAAGAUAAACCUGGGCAUGCACAUCUACUCCGGGACCUUCGCUCUGAUUGGUGCAGCUGCCUUCCUGGGUGGUGUGGUGCGCAUGACCAUCAGCCUGACGGUCAUCCUCAUAGAGUCGACCAAUGAGAUCACAUACGGCCUGCCCAUCAUGAUCACCUUAAUGGUGGCUAAGUGGACAGGAGACUUCUUCAAUAAGGGCAUCUAUGACAUCCACAUCCUGCUGAAGGGAGUACCCCUACUGGAGUGGGAGACUGAGGUGGAGAUGGACAAACUGACGGCCAGUGACAUCAUGGACCCCAACCUGACGUACGUGUACCCUCACACGCGCAUCCAAUCCCUGGUUAGCAUCCUGCGGACCACCGUCUACCAUGCCUUCCCCGUCGUCACGGAGAACAGGGACAACGAGCGCGAGUUCAUGAAGGGUAACAUACUCAUCAGCAACAACAUCAGAUUCAAGAAAACCAGUGUGUUAACGCGGGCCGGCGAGCAGAGGCGGCGUUGCCAGUCGAUGAAGUCGUACCCAUCCAGCGAACUCCGCAAUGUGUGUGAUGAUCAGGUGGCGGCGGAGCCAACAGAGGAGGGCCAGGACAUACUGCAGCAGAUGCUGGAGAGGAGGCAUAUGCCCUACCCCAACCUGUACCCAGAUCAGUCUCCGAGCGAGGACUGGACCAUGGAAGAGCGCUUCCGACCUUUGACCUUUCACGGCCUCAUCCUGCGCUCGCAGCUCGUCAACCUGCUCAUCCGUGGAGUGUGUUACGCCGAGAACCAGUCGAGUUCAUCUCAGCCACGUCUCUCUUUCGCUGAGAUGACAGAAGAUUACCCACGAUUCCCUGACAUCCAUGACCUGGACCUGGCUCUGCUCAACCCCCGGAUGAUUGUGGACGUGACGCCGUACAUGAACCCCAGCCCCUACACGGUGUCGCCCAACACACACGUGUCUCAGGUGUUUAACCUCUUCCGCACCAUGGGCCUCAGACACCUACCUGUGGUCAACGCCGUCGGAGAGAUCGUGGGGAUCAUUACGAGACACAACCUCACACAUGAGUACCUGGUGGCCAAACUCAGACAACAUUACAUCACCAUCUGAGGGGAGGAGCCAUCCUUCUUCGGCUACACUGAUUGGACUGCCCUCGGCCCAAUCCCCUCCCACCUGAUCUAUGGGUCGACCACAUCCACUACCUUGCUGUCCGUUCCUGGCACAACAUGGCACCGACCAGUUAGUGCCUCACCACACACACACACACACACACACACACACACACACACAAACAAACAAAAAAACCCGGGGACAGACAGGGCUUGAUGUGUGUGUCUCUCUUUCCCCAACCUUUGUCCAACUGGAAUAUGAGCAGAAGUGGGGUUGAUCAUGGACACUAAGUAUAUAUAUGUACGCACCGCACCCAACCCUGCGGCUCAGCUUGCUUAACCCUUCCCACUGCAGCACUUUAUGUUCUUUAUCGUGUCCACCUCCGUCUGAUUAUUGAUGUGUCAUGUUCUUAUGAUUUUAAUAGCAGUUGAAGUGUGUGUGUGUGUGUGUGUGUGUGUGUGUGUGUGUGUGUGUGUGUGUGUGUGCACAGUAAGCAUUUGCACUACAGACUGAGCGAAACCACUGACGUCUCUGGACGAAACGAGGAAGAGGAGGAAGAUGAGGAUGAUGGUGAUGUCCAUGGCGCAUCUCAUUAUUUUAAGGGCACCUGUUUCUUUUCUAGACUUCAAUCUGAUGUUCUGUGAAGCAAUGGGAACAGCAUCAUUUUAGCUUUGGAUGUGGAGAAUGGAGAUUUGAACAACUAGGAGACAAAAAUGGGGAAUUGAACGAGUCAAUCAGAUCAAUUAGACUAAAUAUUGGCAUUAUAUUUUAAUUUUGUUCUAUUUUAGUGGCUUUGGUUUCAGCACUAAAGCAGCUGAGGCUUCGAUUGUUUGUGAGCAGAAAAAGGGAUUUAAGAACAUGGAUUUUCCACAAGUCACUUGAACAUCAACUUCAUGGACAUCAACCAUGAAGCCUAUUAGAUAUCAGGGUUUGCCUCACUAGUUUAUCCUACUAACUGAUCAUUUUUAUUCAGUAAUCUUGCCACUAGUUGUGCUUUUUAGUUCAGAUGCAAUCAUCAGUCAGUAGAUAUCGCUUUACUAACCAGCACAGAACUAUAUAACGCUGCAUGUACAACACUGUUUAGACAAUGGACUCAAGGUUAGAUGGUUGCAGGUUUGGUCAUUGAAGCCUGUAUCCAAACCCUCAUGCACAAAGCUCAAAUGUGAAUGCAGGAGAAACCAAAACACUGAUUCAAUAUGAAACCAUUUGGUAAUGGAAUACCAAGCAUUUGGAGUAACCAUAUCUGUAUUAGUUCAGUUAAAGUUUUCCUCCAAAGACGACCAUUUUGACGGCCAUUUUGAGAAUAUCAGCUUUCAGUCUUCAACUGUUCACCUUUGCUCGAUUAGGUUGUAAAUUUGGAUUGACCUUGACAUCUAUUGUGCAGGAUUUAAACUCUGAUCACAGAAUAACUCACAAAUAAUGUCAUAUAUGUAGUCACAGGUAUAGCCCAAGAUGUAUGAAAUGCAUUACACUAAGCCACAUUAUCCAGACAUGACCAGUUAGUGAUGUGUGUUGUAGAGUAGAUGCAAGGCAGGCUUUGAUGCCCAAAGGGGACUAAGGCAGUGCUCAGUGUAGAUAUUAUAAGAGGGAAUAAACAAAAGUCUUGAUGAACUAUGAUGGCACAUAUGUAUACAUCACUCUGGCAUUCACAUGUGUUUGUUCUGUUUUGUGUUUUUAUUGGUUUAUUUAAGAGAUUAUUUCCACUGUAAAACAUGUUGUGUUUUAUUUGCUGCAGCUAACAUGUGAACUAUUGAAAGUGCUUUAUGAGGAUGAAAUAUGUGAACAUUCCUGUUUUAUUUUGUAUCAUAAUUUCAAGCAAAGGUGUUCUCAUGGAAGAUAUUAUUUUGUGUAGCCAUAACUAUUAUGUUUGUAUUCAUGUAUGUUUUUAAUGGUGUGUCUGGGCCAAGAUGUCUCUAUGCGGUUGCGCAAGUUCUGUAUUUCAUCUGACUUGAGAUCUGACCGCUCAAAGCCGGAUCAGAACCAGAGAUGUGUUCAAAUUCGCAAAGCGAGGCAAGUGUUAGGGAACGUUUGCAAGCAUUGGCUUUGCUUGUCACUGCUAGUUGACUGGUAUUUAGCAGACGCUUUUAUCCAAAGCGCGCGGACUCGCCACUGCGGGUUCAGGAAUCAAGUCACUGCUGCUCCACCUCGUGGGUCACACCAUUUUGCCACCGAUGGUCGGAGGAAGUAGUUUUCUGCUAACAUACAGUACCUGGACACGGAAUGAAGCAGAAUUUGGAAUUUGUAUAUAAACACAUUCAAAUUUAACAGUUCAAAUAAAGCGUUUGCCUCUGAUCGAAGACUUUGCACGCACCUCAGCUUAUGAUCCGUUCUAUUCCAGAGCUGAGUCCAGAUUCCGAGUCAGAUUUAGUCCAGUUCUAGUCCAAACCCAUUCCUAAGUCAGAUCUAGUCUGGCUUAAUGUCUGCACACAGGCAUCAUGCUCAUGAUAAAGGGCUGGUAAGGCUGUGUUUCCCAAAGCAUUAUUCAGCUCUGUGUGUGUGUUUGUGUGUGUGAGAGAGAGAGAGAGAGAGAGAGAGAGAGAGUUAAUCUUGUCAUGAUGAGUUUAUGCUAGCUAUGAACAAAGGCAGAGGGAGAGUGUGUGUUUUUGUGUGUAGAGGGAUGUACCACUUUGCCAAAUGACAAUGUGUGUGUAUGAGGAGAAUGGACUAGGCUGGACAUUGAGGAAGAGUGUGUGCGUGCGUGUGUGUGUUUGUGUAAGAAAGAGAGAGUAAUUGAGAGUUCGCAGGACAACGAGACUGAUAGUCAUGGGCUAUGUUAUAGCAGCUUUGCAGCUUUUAUGUUAACGGUGGCCAUUUUAAGGUCUUGUUGACCAUGUGUGGGUGGGACUGGUCUCUGGGGUGGGUGUGGUCACCUAUGUGUGGGUGUGGCCUGGGAAGACUUGUUGAAGUUGGUGGUCCCAGGAUCCUAGAGAGCCCCAGCCUGUGCCUUGAUCCUCUCCCUCCUCAAUAAAGACCCCUCUGUGUCCAUCGAGCUGUC